AAUAGGGCGGACGCUGGGCGCUCCACCUCCAGGCCGCCGUGUUAGAGCGUUUGGUGUGUGCAGUAGUCCGUCUCAUCAUGUCUCUCUGUUCAGAACCCGGUUUCUCUAGUGAGGAGGUACUUAACCUGCGUUAUCCGCUGCACCGAGCCUGCAGGGACGGGGACCUCGGCUGCCUCCGCACCCUGCUGCAAGGCCCGCCCGGGAACACCGCGCUGCAGCUUGGCAAGGAAGACUCCUGCUACGGCUGGACACCCAUACACUGGGCCGCUCACUUCGGAAAGUUGGAGUGUCUUAUCCAGCUGGUGCGAGCAGGAUGUUCUGUCAAUGCAAGUACGACUCGAUUUUCCCAGACCCCAGCACAUAUUGCUGCUUUUGGAGGUCAUCCCCAGUGCUUGACAUGGUUAAUUCAAGCUGGUGCAGUUAUAAAUAAGCAAGACUAUGUUGGUGAGACACCAGUGCAUAAAGCAGCAAGGGCUGGUAGUAUGGACUGCCUAAAGGCCCUAGUGUCCCAUGGAGCGCAAAUAGACUUCAGAAAUGCCAGUGGCUUGACAGCGGCUGAUCUUGCACACUCCCAAGGAUUCCGUGAGUGUGCUCAAUUUCUCCUAAACCUCCAGAACAAUCAGCUGAAUGGUUUCUAUUAUAGCAGCUCCUUAAAUGGAGUUAAUGAAAGUACUCCUCCCAAUCAUCUUAAUGGGGGAACCAAUCGCAAGAGGUCCUUCCAAGAUGCUGGAUCUACAAGAAUCAAGAAACUUAGAACUGACGAAAACUGCUUUGGCACUGUACAGACUGAGUACACGACUAGAGGCUUAGAGGACGAUGUUGAAAGCAUGCAUGUAGAAAUGCACUCAGAAUUAUCAGAUGCAAAUGGUUCUAUCAACGUGUUAACAAACGGAAGUACAGCCAAUGGACAUGUGACACAGCACAACCAAAUGGAUACUAGUCCAUCUAAGAUUUGCACAUCCCCCAAAGAAUUAUGCAAUGGCAUUGUUACAAAUGGGAACAUGGAAAAGUGUGAGAGUCACGGAAAUCUGUCUGACAACAAGGAUGAGGUUGUGAAUGUAAUGAGUGGGUCAUUGCAUGUAAAUGGAAGCCCUAGUAACUGGGUAACCCACAAGCCAUCUUGGUCUGAUAGUUUUGCGGACAGCCUUCAAUAUGGCCACUAUCAUGGAUUUGGUGAUACUGCAGAAAGCCUUCCUGAGCUUAGCAGUGUGGUUGAACAUUCCAAUUCUGUUAGCGUUGAGUAUAAAUAUAACACUACAUUCAUCAGCACUCUUCAUCAGUACCAGGGAUUCUAAAAAGUCACGUUUAAGAUUUUCCCUAGUUUUUGUUAAUUUGUACAGCAACAUUUAUUGGCUAUUAUAUUUGCUAGUAAUACAUUUUUAGAGGGGGAAAAAAAAGUUUUUUUUGUAGCUAACUUGCAAAGUUAAAAUUUGCAUUUAAGUGAAAUUUUAGUUUCAUUAUUCUUACGACAGGACAAUACAUUUCUUUUGUAAGUUAAAUAGUCUUAUAUGAACUUUGAAGUUAUUUUAUGGUUUAGACAAAUGUUUUUUUUCCACUGAAGAGAAAGUAUGGGCAUUUUGACACAUUUUGUGCAAAGUGAGCAAUUCAAAGUGGAGUAGUGGUAAGAGACCCUCAAUAUGUAAUGUAUGUGUAUUUUAACAAAAAAAAAAAAGGUUAUGUUUCUGUGCUUUUCAAAAAAGUAUAAACAUGCAUUCCCAAAUGUUGUAGUGGCUUUGUAUGGUUAGAGCUUUGGUUUGAUACUAAAAACAGUCAUAACCAUGUUUUUUUGCUUACAAUUAAUUUUGUUCCGUUUUGCUAGAUCUAUUUAUCCUUUUGUUUCUACUCCAUUAAACUGUUGAACAUUUUCUUAAAACAUUUUUUUUUAACUGUAAGAUAUAUUUUUUAUUUAGUUUUUAUUCUCACAAAGCAGAAGUUUGCAAAACAAAUUCUGCCAUUUCAGUGGAUCACAGCUUAAAGUUGUCCCUAGAAAUGUAUUGGUUUUGAGUUUAUUGGGGGGGGGGGGGAAUGCAAGAUUUUCUGCUCUAUAUAUUUUACCAUUACUCACUCUAUAGAUGUUAAUAUAAACAAUGGCAAUAUGAUGUUUUGCUGUAUUCAGUCUUUUCAUUUCUGCAUUUCUAUUUUUUCCCUUGAAAGGGAAAAAAUUAUGAUUACUUAGAUUUUGUUUUUGUUCCCUUUGUGACUAUGUUGUUCAUAUUUAAUGACCAAUCCAUAUAUAUAUAUUUGUAACAAGUUCAAAGUUGUUAAAGCUGACUUGCCGCUUACUACUUACCAAAUUUAAAUAUUAACUUUGUUUUUAUAAAUAUAAUCUUUGUUCUUGUUGUUUUAAAGGGACAUUUCUGUGUUGCCACCAUAUAUCAUUAUAAGCAAGUUUGCCAUAUAGAUGUCUAGCUGAAAUAAACUAUGAUGCCUUUUACCCCCCCCCCCUCCUUUAUCUUAAACCAUAUGUAGAUGCUGAUGGUGUGUAUGCACUUAUCUGAGUGACUGUCCAUAUAUGUGCAGUGCAUUUGCACCAGUCAGAAACUUUGUUUUUUCUAAGAAUCACUCCAGGACAUGUAAAAAGACACCAUUUAUAGUUUUUUCAGCUACAAUGAGGUUUUAUUUACUUUUGUAUUAUUAUUUAUUUAAAGUGCACAUGCACAACAAACUAGAAUGUCCCUUUAAGUAAAAUACUUGACAGGGUUACAAGUGAAAGGCCACAUUAAAUAAAUAAAUAAAUAAAUAAAUAUAUAUAUAUAUUUAUUUAUUUAUUAUGUGUGUGUGACCUGCAUCACCCCAAAAUUUUUGUUCGUAAUCAUUAAAUGUUUUUGCAUGUGCAACUGCAAAUUAAUUAUGCAUACAUUUUUAAAUUCUGCUGUGUUUGCAUGGUUGCUAUUUUGUUUGCCAAUAUGUCCCUACUAUUAGUACUCCAUAUUAAGCAUAUGUUUUUGUAAGUUGGUCUCUGCAGAAAAUGUGGCACAAGCAUCUUUAUUUAAAAUUACAAUAAGCAAAAGUAUGUUGCAUUAUCAUUUUGUCUUAGUUUUUUGUAUAUUUUUUUAUGAACUGUUGCAAAGGGAACUGAUGUGUACAAAUAUUUUAUAUGAAAAUAAAAAUGACCCAACUAUCACACA